AUGGCCAAUCCACUGGUUCCCCUCUGCCUAGUGACCCUGCUGCCUCCCGCCCUGCUCCCAGCAGCCCCCGCGUCCCCAGCCGAGACCAUUAGCCGAGCAUACAACCUGGCCCUCUACAUGCAGAAGAACACGUCGAUGUUGCUCCAGCUCUAUCUUCAGCACCAGGGCAGUCCUUUCAGUGACCCCGGCUUCUCAGCCCCUGAGCUCCAGCUAAACGGACUGCCCUCUGCAAGCAUCCCAUUCCUGACCUGGCAGAGCCUGCGGGAUGACGACCGGCUAACCCGGACCUUCGGGGCCUUCUCGGCCCUGGCCAAGUACCUGCAGUUGGUGGGAGACGACCAGGCUGACCUCAACCCCGACAGUCCCGCCCUGCUGGAUCAGCUUGAGGCCGCCCGCCUCCGAGCCCAGGGGCUGGCAAGCAAUACGGCCGCCAUCAUGUCUGCCCUUGGGCUCGCCCCCCGGCCGGAGGCUGACAUCCUCGGCCCCGUCCUGUUCGGGGCCUCCGCCUUCGAGAGGAAAUGUCGGGGGUACAUAGUGACCCGCGAGUAUGGACACUGGACAGACCGGGCCGUCCGGGAACUGGCUCUGCUCAAGGCUAAAUACCCAGUAUAGCACAGGAAGUGCUCCUGGUCAGAUGAGGUGAAACUUCUUGUUGGAAGUAGCAACUUCCAAUCUCACGCUGUACUUUCUCUCUGAAGAGAUGACGCUUCCUGCCCCGUGGUAUGGCCCUUCUUGUCAGAGAAGGAGGUACUUCCUCUAUAGAGGGGCUCUCCGCUUUCUGGGUGCCGGUUCGAAGGACACUUCUUGCUUUGUGGUUACCCCCUCCCCUUUCUGGUGAAGCUGGCUCUCCAGGUCCCAUUUUCCGGCAGAGGGUCCCAAAGGAUAUCAGUUCCUGGAUGUAGGUUUCACUACCAAGAAUGACUGACAAGUGUUGAGGAGCUUGGUUGAUCACGUCCUGCAUUAACAGCUCACUUUCUAUUAGAAGGGGAGGGGCGGUCUCACUUCCUGUUUCUAGGGGAGGGGUUAAUUAACAUCCCUUCCUAGGAUAAAAGCGGUCCCUUCCUGGGAAGAGGGACCCACUUGAUACACCUCUUACUCUCACUUCUGGUGACUAAGGGUAACUGGCACUUGUUUGUAAAUAGGGAAUUCACUUUCUCAGUUGACUUUAUUUCCUAUGCGGAGGGGUUCAUUUCCAGUGAUCAAUGUGCCUUGAUUUUAAGGAAACUCAUUUUUUUUUCUGUUUCUCACUUCUCACUACUUGUGCACAAGGGCUUCUACUUUUGGAUGAGGUGGUGGAGAUCUCACUUUAAGCACCACCUCCUAUCUGGUGAGGGUUCCCUUCCUGCCUGUCAAAAUAUCCGCUUCCUCACCCUCAAAUCCUCUUCAUGAACUUGAGUUUCCGGUGUCUGGGGCAGCGAGACACCUGGAUGCUUAGGAGAAGAGAGGGAUCUGGAGGAGGGUCGGAUCCCGAGUUCCCUUAUUUAAUGUUCUAGUGAGGCGUCAUCGCUCCAGGAGACAAUUCCAUUAUUCUCUCAAAUUCCCUCAUUCAAACCCCUCCCAGUUCCCAAAGACUGUACAUAGAUGUCUUUUGUAUUUACCCCCAAAUUAAUUUAUUUUUCUGAAAUAAAAAUCUCUUUUUCAA